ACCAAACACGUACCUCCCCAUAUAUUCCCAGAACUUUCCUCCACAACCCCAAUCAUCCUGGCGGCUACUAUAUUUUUUCUCCUUUUUUGACUAAAUCACUUGUCCCAAUUCGGUUCCUAAUCCAUUUUUUCUCUCAAAUUCAUAUUUUUUGGAUACCCUUUUGCUUAUUGAAUCAUUUUGUGAUUGGAAUUUUUUUGAUUAGUGAAGAGAUGAAGAUGUUUGAGUUAUCUGAUUCGGAUUCAUUGGCUGGUUUUGCAUCAUCAAAGAAUGUUUUUCCACCGGGAUUUAGGUUUCAUCCGACUGACGAGGAACUUGUUCUGUACUAUUUGAAGAAGAAGAUCUGCCGGAAGAGGAUUCUGCUUGAUGCCAUUGCUGACACUGAUGUUUACAAAUGGGAACCGGAGGACUUGCCUGAUCUAUCUAAGUUGAAAACUGGGGACCGGCAGUGGUUCUUCUUUAGUCCCAGAGAUCGAAAGUAUCCUAAUGGAGCACGGGCAAACAGGGGAACGAAGCGUGGGCACUGGAAAGUUACCGGAAAGGAUCGAACUAUUACGUGCAACUCUCGUGCUGUUGGAGUUAAGAAGACCCUAGUCUUUUAUAAAGGCCGAGCACCAGUAGGUGAACGGACAGACUGGGUGAUGCAUGAGUAUACUAUGGAUGAAGAAGAGCUGAAAAAAUGUCAAAAUGCCCAGGACUACUAUGCGCUUUACAAGGUAUUUAAGAAGAGUGGCUCCGGGCCUAAGAAUGGUGAGCAGUAUGGUGCACCUUUUAGAGAAGAGGAGUGGGCUGAUGAUGACUGUCCAAGUGCCAAAGGCUUUGUCCAUCAGGAUGCUCCUCCUGUUGAUGGUGGACUCGAGGAGUUGUUGAACCCUGUGCUUAUGGAGCCACUUUCUGUAGAUUAUGAUUAUGCACUGGAGCAGCUUGUACAUGAGGAGGAUACUCGAAGUACCUUGCUAGAUCAUUCGGCAAAGGAAGUUAAUUUUCCCCACCACAGUGCGGUGAUUGCCCCAGCAAAGGAAAGCUUUGACCUGACACAGUCAGGCACAUCACAGCUACAGUUACAUGAGGUAACAGAAGUCACAUCUGCUCCCAUUAUUUAUGAACAGCAGCUACAUGUGGUGGAAGAGGAUUUCCGUGAAGAUUUUCUGGAGAUGAAUGACCUCCUUGGUCCGGAGCCAAGCACUCAGAACUUUGAUAACUUGGAGCUGUAUGUUAAAAACUUUGAUGAGGCAGGACCAAGUGGUCAAAACUUUGAUAUGCCUGCUGGAAACUUCGAAGAUUUACAAUUCGAUUUUUUAGAUGGGUUGUCAGAGUUUGACCUGUUUCAUGAUGCACCGUUGCUUGAUGAUAUAAGAACAACUGAAGUUGGGCAAAUUACUGAACCAUACAUGAACAACUUUGUGAAUGGUUCUGAAAACCCUGCUUCUACAACAUAUAUAAGCACUUUUCAGCAUGAAAUGAUGAACAACCAGCUAAUGUAUUUGAAUGAGGGAGAACAGACUAGCAAUCAACUGUGGACACACGAUCAAAGGUUCAACAUCUUUAACCCCAGCGAGGCAAAUCAGUUGGUUGUUCCUCCAGCUACUUCAGGUGUUGUAUAUGAUAGUAUUUUGUCAAAUCAUCCUAUGGGCGCAAAUCAAAAUCAACUACCCAAUCAAGAUGAUGGUACACCAUCAUGGUUGACCUCUCAGUUGUGGGCCUUCGUGGAUUCUAUACCUACUGCUCCUGCUAUAGCUGCUGAAAGUCCAGUGGUUAAUAGUGCCUUUAAGCACAUGUCUAGCUUUAGUAAGAUGAGAAUAAACUCCAGGAACAUGAAUGUUGUGGCAGCAGGUAAUACAGCAACUUCAAGAAGUUCGCGCCACUCUAAGACUGGGCUUUUUUAUUUUUCUUUUCUUGGAAUACUGUGUGCAAUCUUAUGUGUGUUAGUAGGAACAUUUGUCAACAUCUUGAGGAGACUCAUAUCCUCUUAAAUAUGCAAAGAAAAGUUGAUGUUCUAUCAUUUGGCAUCUUGCCAGAAUCAAUGAGAAGCAGAGCAUACAUUCUAUGAGUAAAACAAAAUCUACUUAUAAGUA